AUGUGUCUUCCUUCUAUCGUUAGACCCUAAUCACUUGGCACUUGCCAUGGAAGCUCUUUAGCUAGGUUUCUCGGAUCGAUCCAUUCCUCCAUGGCGUCGCUCGAUCACAGGGAAGCACGGCGAGCACAGGUGCGCUGGGCUAGAAUCGAGGGGCUGAGCCCGGUGUUGCCGAUUCCACGCGAUAAUCUGGGCCUCGGCGGUGCUGGAUUGGGAUUCGCGAGCAUCAGCUUGUUUGGACGCCGCAAGCAAGAGAAUGCGGGCCGGGAGGAGGCUGCUCCGGCUCAAGCGGUGCCAUACUCGCCCAAGCGCGGGACGUAUGCGCAUGACGCUCUACAGCGGAGGUUUAAGGAGCUGGACAAGCAAAACGCUGGGCACAUAAGCGAGAAUGAUCUGAAAGCGACAGGAUCAAUCAGGGAAAAGCUAGCUAGCAGCAAAGCGAGCUGUGGUACUGUCGGAAUGAGAAGUUGGCGAAAUGUGACGAAGAAGGGUCGUCCAAAAGAAGGGACGUAUCAAAGUCCGGGAAAAUGGAAAGACCCAAGGAAAAGGAAGGCGGAGGUCAGCCACGCGUUGGACGCAGACUGGAAAUUCCAAUGAAUGCGUGUGUUGGGCGUCUCCAGACAACGAUGAGGACUUUGAUAAGUUAAAUCAAUAUGAAUUACCAGGUAGCAAGCAAGCCAAGCAGAAGAGGCAUAGGGAGAGCAAAAUCACAAGGGAAAUGAUAAGCUCCACAAUUACUUAUUCAAUCAACCUUUUCAAACUUUUUGACAAAUAAAGGGUAGGAAACCUUUAUUAAA